UAAGAAUCAUUUUCCUUGCUUCGUUUUUGAUUAACUUCUUAAUUUGUUCUGGAAUUUCCAUGAUCCGAUUUUCCCUUUUUCUCAUGAAUGUUUGAACAUAUAUAAAAUAAUAAGAGUUUUUUCCCCAUUGUUGAGUUGAAGGAACAAAAACAGUUGUGAUAUAAGUUGAAAUUUGUUAAAGAAUGAUGUUGGAUCUCAAUGUAAGUGCAAUUUAUGAUGGGAAAGUUCCAGAAGGUUCCAUAGCCGAUGAAUCGGGAAGCUCCAAUUCAUCGGCGAGGAAUGUAGACGCUUGUAGUAGUGCCGGAGACGACGAGACGUGCUCCACACGCGCUGCCGCCGGAGACAUGUUCGCCUUCAAUUUUGAUAUCCUUAAAGUUGGUGGUGGAGCUGAAACUAGUAGGAGCUGCAGCAACAAUGAUGAUGAAGAGGGAUACGAUGAGAAUCGGACGACGAGGUCCGAGUUCGUGACUCAGCAGUUGUUCCCUAUGGACAAUGCUGAGUUGAAUCGGGUCCAUACCUCUCAGAUACCUGAUUGGGUUGAUCGAAACAUGGAUCCAUCCAAUACUGUUAGUUUCCGAGAGGCGCAGCAAAUGGGCCGCCCACAACAACAACCAGUUAAGAAAAGUAGGAGGGGACCUAGGUCCAGAAGCUCACAGUACAGAGGUGUCACUUUUUAUAGAAGAACUGGUAGAUGGGAAUCACACAUAUGGGACUGUGGCAAACAAGUAUAUUUGGGUGGAUUUGACACUGCUCAUGCAGCUGCUAGAGCGUAUGAUAGAGCUGCAAUUAAGUUCCGGGGUGUUGAUGCUGAUAUAAACUUUAAUCUUAGUGAUUACGAGGAAGAUAUGAAGCAGAUGAAGAACCUGAGUAAAGAAGAAUUUGUGCACGUGCUGCGACGCCAGAGCACGGGUUUCUCGAGAGGGAGCUCGAAAUACAGAGGAGUAACGUUGCAUAAAUGUGGGAGAUGGGAGGCUCGGAUGGGGCAAUUCCUUGGCAAAAAGUAUAUAUAUCUUGGGCUAUUCGACAGUGAAGUAGAAGCUGCAAGGGCGUACGAUAAGGCGGCUAUCAAAUGUAAUGGAAGGGAGGCUGUUACCAACUUCGAGCCAAGUGCAUAUGAAGGGGAAACAAACUCUAACCCUCAAAGUGAAGGUAGCGAACAGGAUCUUGAUCUAAACUUGGGGAUCGCGACUACUUCUCCGAAGGAAAUUGAAAGGUCGUUGGGUUUCCAGUAUCAUCCUUAUGAUAUGCAAGAAGCAACAAAAUCACAGAUGGAUGGUGGUAGUUCACAUUUCAAGGCAUUACCUGCAGUGACAUCUGAACAAGCUCACUUGUGGAACGGAGUAUAUUCCAAUUUUUUUCCCAACUAUGAGGAAAGAGCAUCCGGAAAGAGAAUAGAUGUAGGUUCCUCCCACGGACACUCAAACUGGGAAAUGCAAAUGCAUGGUCAGGUCGGAACAACCCCAAUGUCAAUGUUCUCUGCUGCAGCAUCAUCAGGAUUCUCAACUCCGGCUACCACUGCUUCGACAUCUCCAAUGUCUGGUCCCAACAACCCCAACACUCUCAAUCUUUCCUUUGCUUCAUAUUCGACACCACCAACAAAUACAACUCAAUACUAUUACCAGAUCAGGCCGCCAUUACCACCUCCAUAACAUGUCUUUUCCCCAGCAUUACUAUUAAUACAUUUACAUAUUAUAACUCAAAACUGAUUCCAUUUGUAAGAUCUGUUUGUCGUCAAUUCAUUAACAUGUUGAUUUUAAGUUGAAUUCUUUUGCAACUUGUAAGAUUUUGGAAGGUGAACAUUCAAAUUUCCAUCACAUAUGA